AUGGACCUUCCAAGUGACAUAAAUGUCCAGCUUGCCGCUGCAGUCGCGUAUUGUUUUCGAAACCUUCAACCGAUGUCAAGAAGUCAGAAUGCACAACAAUGGCAAGUUUCUCAAAAAAUGGAACAGUUUGCGCGAAAUAAUUUUACUACACGAAAAGCAACAUCUAAUUCAAGAGGAUUGAGGCAACGUAGAGCGCAAGCCGAUCAGAAGAAUAAACAAGUUUUGUCGCAACCCAUCCAUUUGACUCUAGAUAAUGUUGAUAGCCGAUCAGUAUUGUCAGAGCCAUGUUUGAGAAAUAAGCAAAAUAUGGUGUGGACAGGAACGUCAGCUACGAAAAUCGGUAUUCCAACUAAGAUUACUGAAUGGAAAAAUAAACUGGAUCAUUUAAGUUUUUUGUUCAGUUCACUCUGCAAUGGUACUGUAUCUGCAAUCCAAAUAUGUGCAGAUCUUGACGUGGGAUUUCGUGAUCUGAUUACCUUUUUAUGUUACACUUCUUCAACUAGAAGACCUGCAGCAGUUUUUGCUGCGGUGGAGAUGUAUGCUGGGUCUUUGGUGAAGCUGCAUCAAUACUGUAUCAUUAAUGCUAAUAAUAGCUUCGAAAGACUUUUAUAUACAGCAAUUCAUGAAGUGAUAUCAUUCUGGCUUCGAUUCUUACAUUAUAAUAAUUUGGACAAGUAUAAUCGGUUCUGGCUCCAUACACGAGCCGUUAUCACGCGAAUGUUCAGAAACAUUAUCAUUCAGGAAUGCAUUCUUGCUAUUAAACAUAGUUUAGCUGCAAUGCUUAAAGAAUUAACAAUGCUCGUUCUGGAAAAUGGCGAAUGUAACUAUGGCUUUUACGCAUGCGAACAAAUCGAGUGUUUGAUGCUUGUGUUAUCACAUCAUACAUCAUAUGUUAGCUACUAA